AUGCUUGCACUGGCAAUACCGUUGUUCCUUUUUAAAUACGCUGACCAGCUGCGGCGAAAGAAAGAAAAUUCCAGCAGGACGAGAAGCACCGAGGAAGAAGUGCCUCUCGAGAAGAGGAUUGCUUACAAGGUUGAUGUGUUCUUCUCAGGGCAUCCGUAUGCUAAGUUGCUUGCCCUCCUGAUCGCCACUGUAGUUCUCAUUGCCUCGGGCGGCAUUGCGCUGUAUUCUGUCAGUGGCAGUGGGUUCCUGGAGGCUCUUUGGCUUUCCUGGACUUUUGUGGCAGAUUCAGGAAACCAUGCUGACCAGGUUGGCCUCGGUCCAAGGAUUGUGUCCGUGUCGAUUAGCGCCGGUGGCAUGCUGGUGUUUGCCACGAUGCUCGGGCUUGUGUCAGAUGCGAUAUCGGAGAAGGUGGAUUCUUGGCGUAAGGGGAAAAGUGAGGUGAUAGAGGUCAACCAUAUACUAAUCCUCGGAUGGAGCGACAAGCUGGGCUCUCUUCUGAAGCAGCUGGCUAUAGCCAAUAAAAGCAUUGGUGGUGGUGUAGUUGUUGUCCUGGCAGAAAGAGACAAGGAAGAGAUGGAGAUGGACAUAGGAAAGCUAGGAUUUGAUUUCAUGGGAACAUCUGUAAUAUGUAGAAGCGGCAGUCCUCUAAUCCUAGCAGAUCUGAAGAAGGUUUCUGUUUCCAAAGCGCGUGCUAUUAUUGUUUUAGCAUCUGAUGAAAAUGCAGACCAAAGUGAUGCACGAGCUUUGCGUGUCGUACUGAGCCUGACUGGAGUAAAAGAGGGCUUAAGGGGGCAUAUUGUUGUAGAGAUGAGUGACCUUGACAAUGAACCUUUAGUGAAAUUGGUUGGAGGUGAACUAAUUGAAACAGUUGUUGCCCAUGAUGUCAUUGGACGUUUGAUGAUACAGUGUGCACUCCAACCUGGCUUGGCACAGAUAUGGGAGGAUAUUUUGGGAUUUGAAAAUGCAGAAUUCUAUAUAAAAAGAUGGCCAGAAUUGGAUGGCAUGCGGUUUGGGGAUGUGUUAAUCUCAUUCCCUGAUGCUGUGCCCUGCGGAGUGAAGCUUGCGUCAAGAUUUGGAAGUAUAUUAAUGAAUCCGGAUGAUGAUUAUGUUUUAAGAGAAGGCGAUGAAAUCCUUGUUAUAGCAGAAGAUGAUGAUACUUAUGCACCUGCUCCUCUACCAGAGGUGCAUAAGGGUUUUCUACCUAACGUUCCCACCCCGCCUAAAUAUCCAGAGAAAAUUUUGUUCUGUGGUUGGCGACGUGACAUCCAUGAUAUGAUAAUGGUUCUAGAAGCAUUUCUUGCUCCAGGUUCUGAAUUGUGGAUGUUCAAUGAGGUGCCAGAGAAGGCGAGGGAGACAAAACUGACUGACGGUGAUGAGUCGGUGGAGGACUCCAUUGUACAAUCGGAUUCACGGUCCUUAGCGACACUUCUUCUAAUUCGUGAUGUUCAGUCCAAACGUCUUCCGUCGAAGGAGUCAAAAUCACCUCUACAUCACAAUGGCUUCUCUCACAGCUCCUGGAUUCGGAAGAUGCAGCAUGCAUCGGACAAAUCAAUAAUAAUCAGUGAGAUACUGGACUCAAGAACUAGAAACCUUGUAUCUGUCUCCAAAAUCAGCGAUUACGUCCUGUCAAAUGAACUUGUCAGUAUGGCAUUAGCAAUGGUAGCAGAAGACAAGCAAAUCAACAGAGUUCUUGAGGAACUUUUUGCUGAGGAGGGCAACGAGAUGUGCAUACGGUCUGCUGAGUUUUACCUGUAUGAACAAGAGGAAUUGAGUUUCCUGGACAUAAUGGUGAGGGCUCGUGAGCGAGACGAGAUUGUGAUCGGCUACCGGCUUGCCAACACCGAUGAGGCAAUCAUUAAUCCAGAGCACAAGUCGGAGAUUAAGAAGUGGUCUCUAGACGACGUGUUUGUUGUGAUCGCGAAAGGUGACUGA